AUGCUCUCUAUACCAGUAUUCGUUCUAAUAGUGUUAAUACUCGCGAAUCACGCAUAUUGCAAGACUAAAUUCCUUCGACCUCCACAAUACAACGAGACUACCAGCGACCACGAUUAUGGAAAUAAUCCACGGUUUGCUGUCGGUUAUCCGAUCAAGCUCCUUUGGGAAACAGAUGCUGAGCCAGUCGAGCUUUCCUUGUUGCAAUUCAGUGAGCGUGGUGGCGGGAUGAAGUCACUGGAUGCUUCUCUCACCGAGUGGAAAGCUGAGCGAGAUGUCUUUGAGGUCACCGAUGGCAAUGAUGACUCGGUGUACUGUUUUUACUUACGCGAUUCGAAACAAGAUGUGGUUACGUCACAAUAUUUUAAUGUAACUGCCUUGAAAGCCGACGGUACCAACACCGCUUUCAAGCGAGAGACUGCCAUUUUAACAUCAACUACGCUCUCUCUACAAACGGAAGUCUCCAUAACAGAGCCAAUUUCGACCUCUACGUCUACAGAUCAGCCUGUGCGCUCAGAAAACUCUUCAGAAUCGGGGAUGUCCAAGGGUGAGAUUGCAGGCGCAGCUUGUGGUGGAAUAAUUGGCGGUCUCUUGCUUUUUGGUCUUAUCGGAUGGUUGGGUUGGAGACGGCUAGCAAGGAACAAAAAGCAUGCGGAUAUCCCGCUGGUCUCCCAAAACUACGGCUUUCAGCCGAAACCUGAGCUGCCUGCAGACGCCGAGGUGCAGGAUAUGUCACCGAUGUCACAAAAUCAACCAUCAGAGCUCGAUGGCUGUGAGCUGAAAUCUGAGCUGGCUGGAGACACCCAGGUUCAGAAAAAUCCUUUAGGUUAUGCUAGAAGUCCUGGGGGUUUAAACGAAGCACCUUAA